AUGGACGAGGAGGCCAAGCUGGCGCCGUUGCUGGCCGUGCGGCUCCUGUUCCGCUCCAAGGGCCAGUUCGUGGACCUGCCGCACGUCACCGAGGCCGUCUCUCUCUUCCUGGACUCGUCGGUGGAGCUGCCCCUGCACAAGGCGUGCAAGCGCGACUCCAUCCCGCUGCUCGACCGACUCUGGGCCAGCAGCCAAGUGUUCGUGAACAAUAUCGCGGCAGAAGACGACGCUGAAGAUGAAACUUACGAACAAGGAAAAGGAAAUUUCACGUUGAGAAAGUUUCUGCGUACCGACCGGCACUACAAGCAAUUUCAGUUUACGAAGUCGCUGUUUGUGGCCAUCGAUGACAAAAAUCUGGAAAUGGUCAAGUGGCUGCUGGACAAAUUUCAGGGUUGCGUCGUGCGGCAGGAGGUGGUGUCUGAGGCCUGUAUCAUCGGCUCGGUCGAGAUGUUGCGGUUGUUCCACGACAACGACAACAGCUCACUGGACGAGAAUGUUCGAGUUGAAGGCGUGGGGGUGCGGGUGGACUGGGGGCCCACUUGA